AUGUCCUUCCAGAGAUCACCACUGUCGCCCCAUCAGGGCAACCAACAGCUCCACCAGCCUUUGGCUGGCCACCACAGCUCCCUGUCUCAUAGCGGCUCGGUUUCCAGAAAACACUCCAUUGUGGAAAUGUUGCUGUCGCCUCCUCCGCUUCCCGUAGACGGCCACCAGGCGUCCAUUGACGAUUUUUCGUUAUCAAGAAACACCUCCGUUUCAUCUAGAGCGCUGUCAGUGUUCCAGGCAGGCGGCAACACUCGUAACGACUGGCCCGAUGUGAUUUUGGGCGAUUUGGCGGAGUCCAAUAAGCUUAUCGCCAUCAAUAGAACAUACUCCGUGCAGAAGGCCUUUGAGACGUUAAUAUCACAUAACUUGACCUCCUUGCCGGUACUGUGCUCUACUGACUCGUCUGAUUUAUCCAAUUGCUUGUCGUUUGACUAUUCUGACUUGAACACAUACCUUUUGUUGAUUAUGAACAAGAUUGCCAUUAGCGACUUGUGCGUGGAUGACAUUCCCGAUGAGAAUGGUGAUACCAACGCCUUGACCCCGCAGCAGAAGCAUGAAAAGCUUCACCAGCUCGUGGCUAGGGCAAAGAAGGGCGAAGAAGUUCCUGUUGACUUUAUCGUGCGUUUGCAUCCUAAAACGCCGUUCGUAAGGCUUAAGGAUAACGAAUCAUUAUUCAAGGCUGUUGAGUCCUUUGGAAAUGGUGUUCACAGAGUUGCAAUUGUCGAUAAUGCAAACAAAAUCACAGGUAUUCUUUCCCAAAGAAGAACAAUUAGAUUCCUUUGGGAAAAUGCCAGAAGAUUCCCAUCUCUUGAGUUCUUGCUUAACUCUUCAUUGCAAGAUUUAAAGAUCGGAUCUACAUCUCCAAUCACAAUCCAAGGUGAUCAACCCUUGAUUGAGGCUUUGCAAAAAAUGUUCGACGAGAGAGUAUCAUCGCUUGCUGUUAUCGACAAGAACAAGUCCUUGGUUGGAAACAUCUCCAUUGUCGAUGUCAAGAAUGUCUCAUCCACAAAGAACUCCCAUUUAUUGUUCAAACCAGUGACAAAUUUCAUUUCUUACAACUUAUCUCAAAAGGGUAUUGAACGUGGCCAGGACCAGUUCCCCAUUUUCCAUGUCAGCCAGCAGAGCUCUUUAGGUAGAGUCAUUGCAAAGUUGGUGGCCACAGAAUCGCACCGGUUGUGGAUCGUGGAGACCAGAGGUGCCUCUCAUAUUGGAUCGGCAUCUGGUCCUCCAAGUACCGUCGAAGCUGCUCUUUCCAAUGAAGGCAUUCAGCCUGAAAGCGGACGCCCAGGAAAGCUUGUGGGUGUCGUUACAUUGACCGAUAUCUUAGGCUUAUUUGCCCAUCAUAAAUCGGGCGUCAAGAUCGAUCCACAAACGGCAAGAAACCACAGAAGACGUUCUUCGACUUCCACAACUAGAUCUUCCAUCGAGAGCUCCCAUCUCCCGUCUGGUAACACUACGGCAUCUACACCAACAUCGCAACCACAUCUCCAGCCCAACCAAGACAUGUUCAGAAAGACAUACCAAACCGGGCAGAGAGAAAGCGCUUUUGAACAGUAA